CUUGCUGGCAGCCGCUCAGUUUCCAGCUGUACGGCGAGCAAGCAAAGUUUAGCGCUAAAACCCUCAAUCGAAAAACCCUAAUCGCACAAAUGGGUCGCCGGAAAAAUGGCAAUCAGAGUUCAACCAGCAACGGCUCGCUUCAGCCCCAUGGUUCGAAGAUUCGUUUCGAAGACGAGGAUGAAGCUCUGAUUGAAGAAACCACCGAGAGCUCCAACAUUGACGAGUCCAUGUGCGAAGCAGAUGACUCCAACAGAGUUACUGAAGACUCUGCGUGUGAGCCCGUCCAGUCCUUAAAUGACAAAGAUGAUAAAACCAGUGCAGACUAUUACUUCGAUUCCUACUCUCACUUCGGUAUUCACGAAGAAAUGUUGAAGGAUUCGGUUAGAACUAAGACAUAUCAAAAUGUAAUUUAUCAAAAUAAGUUUUUGUUCAAAAAUAAAGUUGUUCUUGAUGUGGGAGCAGGGACGGGUAUUUUGUCCCUAUUUUGCGCGAAGGCAGGAGCUGCACAUGUUUAUGCUGUCGAGUGCUCCCAUAUGGCUGACAUGGCAAAAGAGAUUGUAGAAACAAAUGGAUUUUCUAAUGUUAUAACAGUUCUGAAAGGGAAGAUCGAAGAAAUUGAGCUUCCCGUUGCCAAAGUGGACAUAAUUAUUUCAGAAUGGAUGGGAUACUUCUUGUUGUUCGAGAAUAUGUUAAAUACAGUCCUAUAUGCUCGUGAUAAGUGGCUUGUGGAUGAUGGUAUUGUAUUACCAGACAAAGCUUCUCUACAUCUAACAGCCAUUGAGGAUGCAGAUUAUAAAGACGAUAAGAUUGAGUUUUGGAAUAAUGUAUAUGGGUUCGACAUGAGCUGCAUUAAGAAGCAAGCCUUGGUCGAGCCUUUGGUGGACACUGUUGACCAGAAUCAAAUUGUUACAAACAGCCAUCUACUUAAGACAAUGGAUAUAUCCAAAAUGGCACCAGGCGAUGCUUCCUUUACUGCUCCAUUCAAGCUUGUAGCGGAACGCGAUGAUUACAUUCAUGCCCUUGUAGCCUACUUUGAUGUAUCGUUUACCAAGUGCCAUAAGUUGACUGGAUUCUCGACCGGGCCAAGAUCAAGAACUACACAUUGGAAGCAAACAGUUCUCUACUUGGAAGAUGUUCUCACCAUUUGUGAGGGAGAGSCUGUCACUGGGAGCUUGACUGUUGCUCCAAACACGAAGAAUCCUCGUGAUAUUGAUAUUGUGCUUAAAUAUUCAUUCAAUGGACGUCGAUGCUCGAUCUCGAAGACUCAACAUUACAAGAUGCGUUGAUUUGGCAGAGUGCAACAUCUCGGUCUGUCUAUGGACACAAUCAAUGUUUUGAGUAUUAGGUUUGGCAAUUUGACAACACUUUAUGUAUUCUUUUACCCAUCCGGAUGCUUUAAAUUAUAUUAUAAUUCGCUUUUAUGUCCUCAA